AUGCCUGCCAAGACACCCAUCUACCUGAAAUCCACCAACACCAAGAAGGGUAAGAAAUGUCGUCUGAGGGAUAUUCUUUCUCCGGACAUGAUCAGCCCUCCACUGGGUGACUUCCGCCACACCAUCCACAUUGGGAAAGGUGGUGAGCGUGAUGCUUUUGGAGACAUGUCCUUCUUGCAGGGCCGGUUUGAGCUCUUGCCUGGUAAAGGUGAAGUGAUUCGACCCUCUUACACAGGCCAUGGUGAAUUCCUGCGAGCAAACAGUGCCUCCGAUGCUUCCUACGUCGAGACUCCCUCACCAGUUCUAAAAAAUGCCAUUUCACUCCCCACAAUUGGUGGCAGCCAGGCUCUGACCCUGCCUCUUAUCUCCACCACGGUUUUUCCAGUCAGCCAGGAUCCUCUUGAGGACCUGACAGGGCCACCAACUCCUCCUGCAAGCUCAGAGACAGAGGAGGAAGAAGAGCUGGAGAUUCUACAGAUGGAUGCUCUACUUCAGUCCAUCUCACUCUUUGGUCAUGACCUUUGCCCCCCAUCAAAUGAGGUACCAAAGAAAUCUCCCUUCACAAUUAGUUUUGAUGAGACACCAGAGAAACCACCAACACAGAAAGCUUUCACUAAGAACCACAAAGUACACAAUGGUGAGAAUGGUACUGAGAAACCUUUACCCUUUCACGCUGCUGAAAACAGAAAUGGGAUGUGUAAUGGUGACAUCAGUGUUCAGAAGCCAUCAUCCUACAGUAUCAACGGAACUGAAAACACAAAGUGCAACGAAAAUGGUGUUGAGAGGCCAUCAUCCUAUUACAUCAGUGAAAACAGAAAAUGUAAUGGCUACAACAACCAUGACAGCAUGACUCUUCCAAACGAGAAGGAGCAGAGGAGUAUCAGCGGUGACUCUGCCGACAGAGACAGUGGGGUAGAUGAAGGACGAAUAUGUGAUUUUGACUUUGAGCUGUCGAAGCCUGAGAGUUUUUCAGAGGAGUCCCUUUCCCAGAUUACGGGGUCUCUGCUCUCUCUCGAACUCGAUUUGGGUCCGUCCAUCCUGGACGACAUUCUCAAUAUAAUGGACAAGCCAAAACAUUGAGUCGUAAUGCCGAAUCAGAGCG